AUGGGAAAUUCUUAUGCUGGCCAGCUGAAGACCACCCGUUUUGAAGAAGUCUUACAUAAUUCCAUUGAGGCCUCACUGCGGUCCAACAACUUGGUUCCCAGGCCAAUUUUUUCUCAGUUAUACUUGGAAGCUGAGCAACAGCUUUCAUCCCUAGAAGCAGGCAACAGGGGGGACAAUGAAGAUGAAGAAGAAGAGGAAGAGGAAGGACUGGAGUCAAGCAGUCCCCUUAACCUUUAUCAGAUGCACCCUCCUCCUGAAGGAUGCUGUACCACAGAUGGUUUUUGUCAAGCUGGAAAAGACUUGCGGCUCGUAUCUAUUUCUAACGAACCAAUUGAAGUACCUUCAGGCUUUCUCCUCGUUGGGGCAAAGUCUCCCAAUCUGCCAGACCACCUUCUAGUUUGUGCUGUUGAUAAAAGAUUCCUAUCAGAUGAUAAUGGGCACAAUGCUCUCCUGGGUUUCUCUGGGAAUUGCGUUGGCUGUGGAAAGAAAGGAUUCUGUUACUUCACUGAAUUUUCCAAUCACAUCAAUCUUAAAUUGACCACCCAGCCGAAGAAACAGAAACACUUAAAGUAUUAUCUGGUUCGGAAUGCUCACGGGGCUCUCAUGAAAGGCCCUUUAAUCUGCUGGAGGGGCUCCGAGCUACGGAGCAGGCAGAUGUUGUCAAGCACUUGUUCUAAUUCACUGUUCCAAGCUCCAGAGAGUUCAGCGCCCCCAGCUGCCUUCACAAGCGAGCCGGUUCUAGUAGCAAACCCAAAUGUUCUGAUGGGUACUCAACUGACAGGCACUGUAUCUGAUCAUCCUCUUCAAACGUCAGCAAUGAGUCCAGCUGUUUUCAAUGGGAAAGAUUCACCCAAGCAUCAACAGUUAGUGAAAAACAAUUUGUCAGUCCCAACAAGACCCUCGGUAUUAGGCACUUUAACUAACUCAGGGCCUCCCAAGAAACGUCACAAAGGGUGGUCCCCAGAAUCUCCAUCAGUUAUAGACCCCUGCUACGCACAAACAAGUGCACACAGGAUGAAAAAUGACAGUGCAGGAGUGUCCUGUCUGCCCCAGGCGGCUUUGGUGGGACCAGCUGCAAUCUCGUCUCCUGUGGUAGCCGCUGGAGAACCCGUUUCUGUUCCUGAUAAUUUACUGAAAAUAUGCAAGGCCAAGCCUGUUAUAUUUAAAGGUCAUGGCAACUUUCCUUACCUCUGUGGCAACCUUAGUGAUGUUAUAGUAAGCUCCCUUUUGUACACCUGCUACCAGAAUUCUCAGUCCAUAUCUCGAGCUUAUGAACAAUAUGGUGCCUCCACGAUACAGCCCAUAUCGGAGGAAAUGCAGCUUUUACUGACAGUCUAUUAUCUUGUUCAGCUUGCUUCAGACCAGGUUCCUCUGAUUGAAGAUCUGGAGCAGAUAUUUAUGCGUUCCUGGAGAGAAUCCCAUUUGACAGAGAUCCGCCAGUAUCAACAAGCUACACAACAGCCCUUCCCACAAAUUCCUAGUCACAUUGCCCCUGUAACAUCAGCCCAGCUCCCCUGGCUGGCUGGCUUGGCAGCCAGUUCUUGCAAUGACAGUGUUCAUAUCAUUGAAUGUAGUUACUCUUUGGCUGAGGGACUUUCAGAGAUGUUCAAGCUACUCAUUGAAGGGAAGCUUGUGAAAACUAACUACGUUGUUAUUAUAUGUGCGUGUAGGAAUACACCAAUUGACUCCUGCAUUGCAGUUACAGGAAAAUAUCAGGCUCGGAUUCUCUCUGAAAGCCUCCUCAGCCCAGCAGAGUAUCAGAAAGAAGUAAAUUAUGAGCUUGUGACUGGAAAAGUGGAAUCUUUAGGUGCCUUUUUUAGCACGCUUUGUCCAGAGGGUGACAUUGAUAUUUUGCUGGACAAGUUUUAUCAGGAAAACCAAAGCCACAUUUCUUCCUCACUCAACACAUCAGCAAAUAAACCAGCAGCGGUGGAUGCCAGUGGGACACCUUUGUGUACAAGCUCUGGUCUUGAAAGGCAUCAGAUUCGUCCCUUGCAGUUAGCUGUGGCCCAGAAGCUCCUCUCCCAUGUGUGUUCCAUUGCUGACUCCAGCACUCAGAAUCUGGAUUUAGGCUCCUUUGAAAAAGUGGAUUUUCUGAUCUGUGUACCACCCUCGGAAGUGACUUAUCAACAGACCUUAUUUCAUCUCUGGCAUUCAGGAGUUUUGCUAGAACUUGGCUUGGAAAAGGAACAUGUGACUAAGCAGAGAGCAGAGCAGUAUGUAGUGAAGCUGGAUGCAGAGGCCCAGACCAAAUUUAAGGUUUUUCUGCAGAACUCUCUUCAAAACCCUCAUACACUGUUUGUCCUAAUCCAUGACCAUGCACACUGGGAUCUGGUGAGCAGUGCUGUUCAUAACCUGUAUCCUCAAACUGAGCCAUCAGUAGGACUUGUUGAUCGACUUCUCAACUGCAGAGAGGUGAAAGAGGCGCCCAACAUUGUGACCCUCCAUGUGACCUCCUUCCCAUAUGCUUUACAGACUCAGCAUACCCUGAUCAGUCCUUACAAUGAGAUCCAUUGGCCUGCUUCCUACAGUAAUGGAAUGGACUUAUAUCAGGAAAACAAAAAAUACUUUGGAUUCUCAGAAUUUGUUGAAUCUACUCUUUCUGGACACAGCCUCCCUUUGCUCCGAUAUGAUAGCUCUUUUGAAGCAAUGGUCAUGGCAUUAGGAAAAAGGUUUCCUAGAUUGCAUAGUGCAGUGAUAAGGACGUUUGUCCUUGUGCAGCAUUAUUCUGCGGCUAUGAUGGCUGUCAGUGGCCUGUCACAGAUGAAGAACUACACAUCUGUGGAGACCCUGGAGAUCACCCAGAAUCUCAUCAACUCAUCUAAGCAGUGUGCCUGCGGGCAUGGGCUCAUGGUUGUGCUCCGUAUUCCUUGCAUCCCCCUGGCUGCUGUGGCUUAUGAGCGGCUCUAUCAUGUGAGGGAAAGACUAGCCCUAGAAGAUCACUUUGAGAUCAUCUUGGGGAACCCCAAUUCUGCUAUCACCAUUGGAAAACACUUUGUGGAACAACUAAAGAUAUGGCAGAAAAUUGAAGAUGCAGAAUGGAGGCCUCAGACUUACCUCGAGCUAGAGGGGUUGCCUUGCAUAUUAAUAUUUAGUGGAAUGGAUCCCCAUGGAGAAUCCUUGCCAAGGUCUUUAAGGUACUGUGACCUGCGCUUAAUAAACUCAUCCUCCUUGGUGAGAACAACCUUAGAGCAAGAGCUUGGCUUGGCAGCCUAUUUUGUGAGUUCUGAAGUCCCCAUGGAGAAAGUGACCGUAGGUGAGGUCUUGGAAAGUGACCCGGAGAAGCUGAGCAGUACAGAUAAUGAAGAUGAAGAGAUAGUGACUGAAGGUUCUGUGUCAGAGAAGAGAAGUCCUGUCAAAAGGGAGAGAUCGUGUUCCCAUGAUUCUGUAUCUUCAUCUCUUUCUUCAAAAACUUCAAGUAUGGCCUUUGGCAAUGAAUCAUCUCCACCCAUAAUAGCAUUGGGUGAGAGGGCCAGAUCCCCAUAUCCUUCCCUCAACAGUGUGAUGGAAGAUGGUGCAGCUGCCUGUGAGAAGCAGAGACAGAAAGUAAGUCAAGGUGCUCAGACUACCACCAGCAGGCACUGCCCUGGGCCAGGAGAACAAGACAUGUGCCCGAAUCCAAAACCAAACCUUAAAAGUGUCCAGGUUUCAGUCGCCUCCUCAUCUUCACCAUAUUCUUCCUCUUCCUCUUCUUCCUCUUCUGCACCGACUUCAAAUGCUUUCAUCUUGCAGAACUCCCAGUGCUCCAUGACCAAAGGAUUGAAGCAACCCCCUGUAGUUUUCCUGCCCAAGUUGGUGUAUGACAUGGUUACUUCCACAGACAGCAGCGGCCUUCCUAAGGCAUCUUCCCUUCUGCCCUACCAUUCAGUCAUGUGGGCCAGUUCUUUCCGCCCUCUCUUGAGUAAGAUGAUGACCUGCACGGAGCAAUCUCUCUAUUACCGCCAGUGGACUGUCCCCAAACCCAGCCACAUGGACUACAAUAAUAGAAAUGAGGGCAGAAUGGACAACUUUCACCCGAGGAGACUGCUAUUGAGCGGUCCCCCUCAGAUAGGAAAGACAGGCACCUAUCUUCAGUUCCUCAGCAUCUUGUCUAGGAUGCUUAUCCGUCUGACAGAAGUUGAUGUCUAUGAUGAAGAAGAGAUCAACAUCAACUUAAGAGAAGAAUCAGGGGGGCAUUAUCCUCAGCACAGUGAUGCCUGGCCUGACUUAGAGAUGUUUAAGAAGAUGCCUUUUGACUACAUUAUUCAUGAUCCCAAGUAUGAUGAUGCCAGUAUGAUUUGUGCACGCCACCAGAAUGUAAAGAGUGAAGACAAAUCAGCAACCAGGAAACAUGAGGAUUUGUACGUGCGACGCCAAACAACCCGAAUGAGAUUGUCCAAAUAUGCAGCCUAUAACACCUACCACCACUGUGAGCAGUGCCAUCAGUACCUGGGCUUUAAUCCACGCUACCAGCUGUAUGAGUCCACCCUGCACGCCUUUGCCUUCUCUUACUCCAUGCUAGGAGAGGAAAUCCAGCUUCAUUUUAUCAUUCCUAAAUCAAAGGAGCACCAUUUUGUCUUCAGCCAACCAGGAGGCCAGCUGGAAAGCAUGAGGUUACCACUCGUCACUGAUAAGAGCCAUGAAUUUAUAAAAAGUCCUACUUUUACUCCAACCACGGGUCGUCAUGAACAUGGACUCUUCAAUUUAUAUCAUGCAAUGGAUGGUGCUAAUCAUUUGCAUGUAUUAGUUGUCAAAGAAUACGAAAUGGCAAUAUAUAAGAAGUAUUGGCCCAACCACAUUAUGCUGGUUCUCCCAAGUAUCUUCAACAGUGCUGGAGUUGGUGCUGCCCAUUUCCUAAUAAAGGAGCUAUCCUACCAUAACUUGGAACUGGAACGGAACAGGCAAGAGGAGUUGGGCAUAAAACCUCAAGAUAUCUGGCCUUUCAUUGUCAUUGCAGAUGACUCUUGCGUUAUGUGGAAUAUGGUGGAUGUUGAUAGUGGGGGAGAAAGGCGGAGUGAUUACACCUGGUCUGAAAGGAAUGUUUCUUUGAAACACAUUCUGCAGCACAUUGAGGCAGCCCCAAAUGUCACUCAUUAUGCUCUAAUUGGGAUGCGGAAAUGGUCGAGUAAAACUCGGAGUGGGGAAGUUCGAGAACCUUUCUCCCGUUGUCAUGUCCAUGACUUUAUUAUCCUCAAUGUGGAUCUGACACAGAAUGUACAGUAUAACCAGAAUCGAUUCACCUGUGAUGAUGUCGACUUCAACCUGCGAGUGCACAGCGCUGGCCUCCUUUUGUGUCAAUUUAAUCGCUUCAGCGUCAUGAAGAAGCAAAUUGCUGUUGGUGGCCACAGGUCCUUCCACAUCAAAUCCAAGGUGUCUGAUAACCCAGUGUCCAUUGCACCCUCUCAGUACAUCUGUGCUCCAGAUAGCAAGCACACUUUCCUUGCAGCUCCUGCUCAGCUUCUACUUGAAAAAUUCCUACAGCAUCACAGCCAUCGUUUCUUCCCUCUGUCACUGAAGAAUUAUGGCCACCCUGUGCUGUCUGUUGAUUGUUACCUGAAUUUGGGACCUCAGGUUGCUGUUUGUUAUGUGAGUUCCAGGCCUCAUUCUUUAAACAUCAGCUGCUCAGAUCUGCUGUUUAGUGGGCUCCUGUUAUACCUCUGUGACUCCUUUGUGGUUGCUAGCUUUUUGAAAAAGUUUCAUUUUCUCAAAGGCGCCACCUUAUGUGUCAUCUGUCAGGAUCGUAACUCGCUCCGUCAGACCGUUGUACGCCUGGAGUUGGAAGAUGAGUGGCAGUUCAGGCUUCGGGAUGAGUUCCAGACAGCCAAUGCCAAAGAAGACAGGCCGCUUUUCUUCCUGACUGGACGGCACAUUUGAAAGAAACAGCAACCCAGUUUUCUGAAAGAGCAGAUACUUCAGAGAGCUCUCCUGCCAAGGUGACUGAAGGAAACCA